AUGCAUCAAGCUUUAAACCGAGACAUCAACAGCAUCCAGCAGCCAAUACCAUCACAAAAGAAGUUCACAUCGUACGAUGACGCCUUAUCACGUUUAUUAUCAUAUCAUAUAGCUGCUGACACUACUCUAAGAGAUGUUCCAUCGCUACAAUCGGACGAAUUCCUGGCAUCACGAAUGGACGCUGAUCGUGUCAAGGCUGCUCUGGAACCUGUUUAUGACAAGAUUAUGGCUGUUAGGAAUGAUGCCGUUAAACUCAAGACUACGAUGCCACCGCCUGGACAAGGCUAUUGA